ACUUCACACUUCUACUUACCGAAAUGCACCAAUGAGGCAUUCAACAAGGGUUCGCUUCUUGCGUCUCGGCUGAUCCCAUUGUGCAGCGUACAUUGCCAUUCACGGCUACCCCAGACGUGAGUGUGUGUAUACACAUCCGCCAAAUAUGGCUGCUCGUCCUGUCACUCACAAUGCCAAUGUGCAAAAUGAAUGCAUUAUCGAAUAGGUUGAGUCGCAUACGCACCGAGGAUGAUGUCUCAACAAGUGAAAGAGGCCAUUCACAGCGCUUGGCGCGCAGUGGGAAUACUCGAGACCGUCCGCUCGCUCAAGCAUCCGGUCACAGCUCGAACCAAAACACAGCUAGAUCGUCAACCGACGCAUAGCCAUCCAAGCAGCAGCUGCCAUGCGGCUCGUAGAGCAUCUGCUGCUUACAACCUUUUCUGUGCUCUUCCUCUUUCGCUAAGCGAAGACGUGACGGUCAUUGUGCCGACCACAUUUAAGUCGGAGACGGAGCUCACGAAAUGUCUUCAAAGCGUCACCGCAUGCUCGCCUGCGGCGGUGCUUGUCGUGACAGCGAAGGCCAAUGUCAGCUUGAUAGAACAUAUCUGCUCACUCAAGUCUUUCAAGAGGGUGCGCGUACUCGAUGUCGACAAACUGAACAAGCGUCGACAAAUGAUUAGAGCGCUGAAGGAAGUCGAAACCGACAUCAUAGUGUUUGCCGACGACGACGUACUGUGGCCCGAGCAGUAUCUGGACUACCUGCUGGCCAUUUUUGAGGAUCCGAAGACAGGUGCAGGUGGUACUCGGCAGCGGGUUUCGCGGAACCAUUCUUUCCUCACAAGCAUUUGGAACUUCCUCGGCAUCGCAUAUCUUGAGCGGCGAGUUUGGAACAACAUCGCGACCAAUGCCAUCGAUGGCUCGCUGUCCACGCUUUCCGGGAGGACUGCAGCCUAUAAAACCGAGAUAUUGAAGAGCGAAGAGUUCUUCCACUACUUCUUAAACGACCACUGGAGAGGCAGGCCGCUCAACACCGACGAUGACAAGUGCCUCACUAGGUACGUCUACUCGCAUGGCUGGUCAAUCGCCAUACAGUGCGACUCCCGCUCCGUCAUUGAAACCAACAUGGAAGACAGUCCAAAGUAUAUUGCGCAGUGCCUUCGCUGGGCGCGGGCCCACUGGCGCGGAAACCUUACCGUCAUGGAGAAUGAGCGGUACUGGUUCACAUCGAUGUACUGGGGCCUCUAUGUCAUAUACAUCGGUCAAUUCCAGACUCCGGCGGCGCUCGUGGACGGAUCGAUUUUCGCACUCCUGUACACAUCACUGUCAGCCUACGAAGAGUCUCGCAUUGCAGCUUGCGAAUGCCUUGCAUUGUGGGUCUUUCUCGUCAAGGUCCUCAAGCUGCUUCCGCAUUUCUUCCAACAUCCACAGGACAUGAUCUACAUACCGGCAUCGAUCGUAUUCAGCUAUCUCCAUGGUAUUAUCAACAUCUACGCUCUACUCACCCUCACAAAGACGCACUGGGGUUCCCAGGACUUGGAUCAGCUGCAGCACGCUCGCGCGACGCGCACGGAAGUUGUCCCGCUGUUGAGGCGUGCGAUGCAGGAGACUGAGGCGUACCACGAGCCGACUUUUAGUAAGUUGCGACAUUCAUGGUUCGUUAGCGAACCUUGCUAACCCUACCACAGGCCGAACAAUGGUGGGAGGAGACUACUUCUCCUGCCGUCAAACCGGGCGUGAGUGGCAAGGUCUUUCCGCACAUUGAUUGCGUAGCAUGUGCAUGUCGACGGGACCAAAUCCUACCGGAGGCAAGCAAACAAUGUGGUGAGUAGCAAAAGUGUCUGUGUGUAGCAAACAACAGUGACAUUGUCUAUGCUCUCACCUCGUUCAAAUGCCCGGGAGUUCUAUGUGAUCUCGCCGCACGUAGUAACAUAUAUUCUUCCCACGCUGAGAUGCGGUCGUCUGAACUCCUGUACACAAUGACGACUGCGGCAACGAGG